AUGUCAAGCAGGAAUUUGAGGAGUCGUAAGAAGUUAGAUGACAAUGUGCUUGAGGGAGUCAACGAGACUAAAUCCAAAAAUUUAAAUCUCAAAGUCGACAAAGAAGAAGAUAGCGAUGAAGCCCCUGAAGAGGAAACUUUGCUUACGGGAAAAGAAAAAGUGAUAGCGAAAAUUGAAGCUGAGCGUGCUGCUCUUCGAGAUAUAGAACGACAAAGAAAAGAAAAGCGAAAGCAGAUUGAACAACGAAACCGCGAGCAGGCUGAACAGCGCAAAAAACGGGCCGAAAAAGCUGAAGAAACCCCGAAAUUUCUUCCGCAAGAUCUGUUGCAAAAAUACGACACAGAAGAGGAGUUCGAAAAGCCCAAAAAAAUCGUUUUUGACGAUGAGGAAAACGAUAUGACUCGAAAAGAGUUGUUGACAGCUAAGCUCAAGGAAGCUCGUGGAAUGAGUAAGAAAGUGGUCAGGAAAGGUCCUGUGCGAGUUCAGGUUCUUAGUAAGAAUAGGGGUCUGUUGAGCGUUCCAACAAGUAACAUCCGAUCGAAAAAGGAUAAGUGGCUGAACCGCAAAGCUCUUAAGCGCAAGUGA